GGAGUACAAACAUCCUUCAUGGCCUGAGAGCUCUUCAUGGACAGGAGGACUGGAACUGCAGCAGACAACUUCUUCACCUAAGAUAACCUUCCAAAUGAAAUCAUUAGGAGGUUUUACAAGUCGAAGGUCAGCACAUUGAAAGAGCAAUAUUGUAGGUUGGAUUCUUGGAAAACUGUUGGAAAAGAUCAAGAAGGUUCUGGUGACAAUUGGGAAAAUGACAGGACAACAACAUCGCAAACUUGAGAAGAACCCUUUCUGUUCUUGCAAAUCAUCCUCCAGAUUCAUCUGAAAUAUUCUGAAUAAACCUUUCUGGAGCUAACUGAGGAGAUCAACUUCAAACUAACUGUAUCUGGUGUGGCAAGGCAAGGACACCUGUGCUGAGUGGAUGGGGGAAGAUAAAACAAGGAUGAGUUUGGGGCCUUGUGAGUGCAAGGGUAAGGUAUGAGGUGGAAAACCAGCUGAGAAGCAAGAAACCAGCUGCCGUCAAUGUAAACACUCAGCACCAUGCCAACCCUGCUGCCAACCUGGCACAAGAGGAGGUGGACCACAGGAGGACACACAUUCCUGCUCUUAAUCUUCCUUGUUAUGUUCAACCACCAGGCAACAGGAUCAGUGCUUGAAAAUCUAAUAGCUAAACGGACUGAGUACUUGGAGAACUGCAACAGAACCCUCAGCACGCUUCCAGAAACUGGAAUCUACUGUAAGGGAACAUUUGAUAUGUUUGUGUGUUGGCCCCAUUCAACUCCUGGGAAUGUGUCAGUCCCCUGUCCUUCUUAUUUACCGUGGAUCAGCGAUGAUGACACCAGGAGGGCACAUCGAGAAUGUUUAGCCGAUGGGAGAUGGCGACAGAGGGAAAACUCUUCCGAUCUUUGGAGGGAUGACUCAGAAUGUAAGGAGGACCAUUACUUCAAAGACAAGGAGGAUGAAAUGCAUCGCCAGACAGCCCUCAGGCUGAUCUCUGUUAUUGGUUAUUCCCUGUCCCUGUCCUCUCUCACACUGGCCACUCUCCUGAUGGGCAUGUUGAGGAAGCUCCACUGUACCAGGAACUACAUCCACAUGAAUCUGUUUGUGUCAUUCAUCCUGAGAGCCAUGGCUGUCAUUUCUAAAGAAAUCAUAUUAUACAUCAUGUAUUCCAACCUACCCAACGACGACCCUGGAUGGAACUCAUACUCAACCUCUGCGAUUGUGUUGAUGUGCAAAUUCUCCAAAGUGUGCAUGGAAUACUUUGUGGCCUGUAACUACUUCUGGCUGUUGGUGGAGGCCAUUUUCCUCCACACUUUGCUCUUCACAGCUGUGCUGACCAAGAGACGUCUGCUGAAGAAAUACAUGCUGCUGGGAUGGGGAACACCUGUCCUGUUUGUGACACCAUGGACUGUGGUCAAGAUUUUAUAUGAAAACACAGGAUGCUGGUCAAUUAUGAACAGAUGGUUCUGGUGGAUAAUAAGGGGCCCGAUUACCUUAUCUGUGCUGGUCAUUUUCUUCAUAUUCAUCAAGAUUCUGAUGCUGCUGCUGUCCAAGCUGAAAGCAGAUCAGGUGAAAUUUACUGACUACAGAUACAGCUUGGCCAGAGCAACACUGGUUCUGAUUCCUCUGCUGGGGAUCCAUGAAGUGGUCUUCACCGUGUUGAUAGAUGAAUGUGUGGAAGGCAGCAGUCGCUAUGCCAGGAACUUCAUCAACCUCACCCUCAGCUCAUUUCAGGGAUUUUUGGUUGCUGUGCUGUACUGUUUCGCGAAUGGAGAGGUCCAAACUGAACUGAAGAAGCGCUGGCAGCUUUUCCUGUUCACCAACCACUUCCAGGUCAGGAGCUGCUUUCAGGGUGUGCCUCUCAAGCACCUGUGGAAAUGCACUCGAGGGCACCGCCAACAGUGCUCUCGGCAGAGUGACUCCUACGACGAGGGCGGCACCUCCACAACGCACCCACACCUGCUCCAGGUGGCUGUACGUGGAGGAGGUGGGGGGUUUGGAGUUGGAGAGAUUAAGGGUCAAGGGUUUAAGGGGUGUGACACAGCCGGACUAGACUUUCUCACCAGGAAGAGUCUGUCCAGUAGUGAUGGAGAGAUAACGCUUGGGGAGACCAUGGAAGAGAUUCUGGAAGAGAGUGAGUUCUGAACCUCAUCACAAAACGUGGAUGCAUGCAUGCUCAACAAACACCUUAGAAAGACUGAAAUAGUAACUGAGAGACAUAUUCUUCCAAAGCUGAAUUAUCAGCUGGCCAGAGUUACCUGGAGCUCAGACCCCAGGUGCCCCAGAUUUAUUUUG